AUGAGAAGAAUUCCUGCAAUUAUAUCCGAUAUAGAUGGAGUUCUUGUUAGAGGGAAAGUUCCCAUCCCUCGUGUUGCAAAAACUCUUUCAUACAUUCGUUAGCCAUUGAAAAAUAUAUUUUAAAGUACUCCACUGCCUUUCAAAAAUAGCAGAAUUCCAUUUAUUUGCCUUACAAACGGAGGAGGAAUGCUUGAGGAAGAUAAAGCUCAUUCAAUUAACGAAAUUUUAAAUCUUUAAGAAAAUGUUCAACUUCAUCAAGAGAAUUUACUAUUGAAUUUUACUCCUCUUCGUCCUGUGCUUUCGGGCUAAUACAAAGAAAAGCUGAUUCUGAUUGCAGGUUACGGAAAAGUAAACGAAAUAGCUUAAAGUUGUGGUCUUAAAAAUUUUAUUAGCAUGGAGGAAUUUUGUUCUCUGUAUCCUUAACAAGUAGAACAAUACCAAAGAUAAAGAAUGUCAAAAGAAGAAGCUUGGGAAAAAGUAAAAAAUCGUAUUGAUUUGAAGAAGUUUCCAAUUAAUUUAGAGAAAAUCCCCUCAUUUGAUGGGAUAUUUAUCCUUAACGAUCCUGUCUACUGGGAAGAUUGCAUAUAAGUGAUUACAAACUAAAUUUAUCAUUAAGAUUAUUUAUAAAGCUUUAACAAUAAAAAUGAUUCUGAAAAAUCAUAGAAGCACAUCGAAAUAUUUACUGUCAACAAUGACAUCACUUAUGCAGACACUUUUAGAUUAAAUAGACUGGCAUUUGGCCCAUUCACUUACACUUUACAGAGAGUUUCUAAAGAACUUCAUAACCAAAACUUAAAUAUUCACAUAUAUGGAAAGCCUUCUAUGCUUACUUACGACUAUGCUAAAAAUCAUUUAUAAACACUUUCUGAAGAUUCCAUAGGAAAUAUUUAUAUGAUUGGAGAUAAUCCUAAAAGUGACAUAAGAGGUGGUAAUAACAAUGGCUGUGUUUCUAUAUUAGUCAAGUAAAUUUUAAUAUUUUAAAUAUUAUUUAAAACUUUAUAUUUCAAAAGGAGUGGAGUAUUUUCUGGAAUCAACGAUGCAGAGGAUCCUGCUUAACAUGUAGUUGAAGACUUCCAUGAUGCAAUUAAGUUAAUAUUCGAGAAAGAAAAUAUACCAUUUUCACUAAUUUUAUGA